GGAAACUGUUGCUAGUUGGAAUAGACUUUUUAAAUGUUCGGAAUUCAAGAUACUUUAGGAAGAGGACCAAUUCUGAAAGAUAAAUCUCUAGGUUCUGAGAUGGAUUCCGUCAGGUCCUGGGUCAGAAACGUUGGGGUUGUGGAUGCAAACGUAGCAGCACAAAGCGGAGUGGCUUUGUCCAGAGCCCACUUUGAAAAGCAGCCACCCUCCAACUUGAGGAAAUCCAAUUUCUUUCACUUUGUUCUGGCUCUCUACGACAGACAGGGGCAGCCCGUGGAGAUAGAGAGGACAGCUUUUGUGGACUUUGUAGAAAAUGAUAAAGAGCAAGGCAACGAGAAGACCAACAACGGCACGCACUACAAACUCCAGCUCCUCUACAGCAACGGUGUCAGGACGGAGCAGGAUCUCUACGUGAGGCUCAUCGAUUCUGUCACCAAGCAGCCCAUAACUUAUGAAGGGCAGAACAAGAACCCCGAGAUGUGCAGGGUGCUGCUCACCCACGAGGUGAUGUGCAGUCGGUGCUGUGAGAAGAAAAGCUGUGGCAACAGGAAUGAGACUCCAUCCGACCCUGUGAUCAUUGACAGAUUCUUCCUAAAAUUUUUUCUCAAGUGCAAUCAGAAUUGCUUGAAAACAGCAGGAAACCCACGAGAUAUGAGGCGGUUCCAGGUGGUGCUAUCAACAACAGUGAACGUGGAUGGGCACGUGCUGGCAGUGUCUGACAACAUGUUUGUGCACAACAACUCCAAGCACGGGAGGAGAGCGAGGAGACUCGACCCCUCGGAAGCCACGCCCUGCAUCAAAGCCAUCAGCCCAAGCGAGGGCUGGACCACGGGGGGAGCCAUGGUGAUCAUCAUCGGGGACAACUUCUUCGAUGGGCUGCAGGUGGUGUUUGGGACCAUGCUGGUGUGGAGCGAGCUGAUCACACCUCACGCCAUCCGCGUGCAGACGCCUCCCCGGCACAUUCCCGGCGUGGUGGAGGUGACAUUGUCCUACAAAUCCAAACAGUUCUGCAAGGGAGCACCAGGCAGGUUCAUUUACACAGCUCUAAAUGAACCUACCAUAGAUUACGGCUUCCAAAGGCUGCAGAAGGUCAUCCCAAGACAUCCUGGGGACCCUGAAAGAUUAGCUAAGGAGAUGCUGCUGAAAAGAGCCGCUGACCUGGUCGAGGCCCUGUACGGGACCCCCCACAACAACCAGGACCUGAUCCUGAAGCGCGCGGCCGACAUCGCCGAGGCGCUGUACAGCGUGCCGCGCAACCCCGCGCAGAUCCCGGCGCUGUCCAGCUCCCCUGCCCACAGCUCCAUGAUGGGCAUCAACUCCUACGGCAGCCAGCUGGGCGUCAGCAUCUCCGAGUCGGCGCAGGGAAACAACCAGGGUUACAUCCGUAACACCAGCAGCAUCUCCCCCCGGGGGUAUUCAUCCAGUUCCACCCCUCAGCAAUCCAACUACAGCACCUCCAGCAACAGCAUGAACGGCUACAGCAACGUGCCCAUGUCCAACCUGGGCGUGCCCGGCUCCCCGGGCUUCAUCAACGGCUCCCCGACGGGAUCGCCCUACGGAUUGAUGUCCUCAAGUCCAACAGUCGGCUCCUCCAGCACUUCUUCCAUCCUCCCGUUCUCCUCCUCGGUGUUCCCUGCUGUCAAACAGAAGAGUGCCUUUGCUCCUGUCAUCAGACCCCAAGGGUCCCCCUCUCCCGCCUGCUCCAGCGGCAACGGGAACGGGUUCAGAGCCAUGACUGGUCUUGUCGUUCCCCCGAUGUAAGGAAGGGGCAGCUUUGCCGCUCUCCCUCUUCCCUUUUUUCCUCCUUUUUUUUUUUUUCAUUUUUCUUUUACAGCACAAAACUACUUAUUGUGAUGGACCACUAAAAAGAAAAAAAAAAAUAGCACUACAAGCUCCUUUUUUGGGGGAAAGCCAGGCCCAGGAAAAAAAAAAAAAAAAAGGAACAUUUUUUAUGGAUUGGACGAGAUAGAAGUCUGCAUCAUUUACCUGUUUCAUAUUUCUGACACAACCACAUCAACUCCUGAAACAUUGGGAACGAAGAAUCAGCAAGAGCCAGGACGAACAAGAGUUGGCAGAAUGGAAUUAGAAAAGCAAAGUCUUUCCUGGAAGACAAGAAAACCUUCCUGAGAUUUGUAAAAUAUUCAAAGGAAAAAAAAAAAAAAAAAAAAAAGAAAUUGGCAAAACGAUUCAAGCUUGAUAUUUUGGAUACAAUUUGUUUUACUUUGUAGGGGUAAAAAAAAAGUUGAAGUUUCUAUUUUCUAUGGAGCCUUUCAGAUAUCGAUUUAGUUUAUGCAGAAAAACAAUUCAACAAAACAGGGUACCAGCAU